AUGUUUGAUAGAUACCUUAUUAUACUAUCAGUUAUCCUUUGCAACUUCUGUUCUAUACAAGGAGAAGAGGCGUUAGAGACUUACUGUAGUAUUAAUGAAAAAUAUACUUUGCGCCGUAUAAGUGAAAGAUUUCUAAGUCUUUCUAUAGAUCCUGUGGCGUGGUCGACUGGAUUAAAUUUGAGUGAUACCGCUGUCUUACUAGCCAAAUACCUGAGUCCUUCUUAUGUCAGGAUAGCGGGCCCGUCCACCGAGCUGGUGAAAUGCGUAGAGAACGAGGACAAUAGCGUGAACAGUUUAUCAAGCGAUGGAAAUAACGUAGUCCUGACGCCAUCCAUGUGGUUUGGUAUUAAUGAGUGGCUUAAACUGGCUAAUUUAACGCCCGUUUUUGGCAUUAACGACGUCGAAACCACCGGAGGGGCCGGGAAUCCUAAAUCAACCUUGCCUCUGUUGGAGAUAUCCGAUAAACUCAAUGUUUCUUGUUACUGGAUGCUUGGAUUUGAUUCCUCAAUGAAAAAUGGAACUGACUACAAACAGGACUUCAGCACUUUGCAGGAUAUCCUAACUACUUGCCCAGUUCGGAAUGACGCUUCGAACAUUGCUGACGAUUUUCCUAUGGGUUAUCCCCAAUGCGCCUUUGAAAAUUUUAAAGAUAUGAUAACAGCUGUUACGUGGGAACUAAAUUCAAACCGUGAAUCUUUGUCGAAAAAAGGAUUGGGUCUGAAAAUGACCAAAACACCGGUAAAAUUUUGGACUGUCUCUCCAAAUCCCGAGCCAGUAUCAUUUUAUUCAACCUUACUUUGGGCAGAACAAGUUGGAAAUGCCGCAAAAAUUGGAUACGAUGUGGUUUUCAGACAUCCCAAAUUGAAUGAUAUUUUUUCCGAUACUCCUGCUUAUUGGUUUUCACUGUUACACAAAAAAUUAAUUGGGAAAAGCGUAUUAGAGGUAAAACCAUUAGCACAUUAUUCAGGUUCUUCCGUUUUCGCCCACUGUACAAAAAAGCAAGAUAAUUUUAAAGGAAGAGGAGCUUUAACCGUAAUGGUAGUUAAUACAAACUCACAAAGUUAUAAGGCCAAAAUAAAGUUGGAACACGUUCCAUGGGGUACAUACAUGGAAGUUAACUCCUAUAUUUUAACAUCCUCGGACAGCAACUCUAAUGAGGUCUUCCUAAAUGAUAAAAAACUAACGCCUAGAAUUUUACUAGAGAAAGAUCCUUUCCAACCAGAGAUACGUAUCAUGAAACCUAAAACUUAUUUGUCCCUCAAAGUACCACCGAUGUCUAUAGGCUUCUUCGUAUUACCAAGAGCAAAGGUACCAGUUUGUAUCAACGAAGAAAAAGAAAGAAAUUCCGCCUCUCAGGAAUCAAAUACAGCCGAAACUUCUCAUGUUUCUAAGGAACCAUCUUUGAAGUUUCAGUCAAAACGUCCAUUUAAUAAAAACCUCUCUCCGGAAGGACUUAAUCGGAAAAUAAGAAAAGCAUUCGACCUUGAUGAAAAAUUUCCCAGAUCUAGUCUCAGGUCAAAGUUGAACGCUUUAAAACAGAGAAUUCAAUCUGAUUCCGUAGAAAGCCCAACCGAUUUUACUCAACAAAGGAAAUAUUUAGAUACAACUAUACUGUCAGAGGAAGAAUAUAGGAAACUGAUGAAGAGGAGAGAAGAACUGAAGAAACAAAUUUUUGGAGAGCGCGAUAAACAAAACAUCGAAAUCGGACCGAGGUCUGGAUACUUGGACCUUACAAGUGAAGAAACGAUACGGAUUUUAAAAGACCGAGCCAGAACAAGAGCCGCUCAAAAGAAAAUAUUUUUAACUGAAGACGAAUUAGAUCUCAUCGCGGAAGCGGUAAGGCGAAGAAUUUUGAAAAAUUUGCCAGCCGAAAUGGAAAUACGAAAAAACAACGUUGUUAACACGGAACCAUUGAAGAAAGAAGUUCGAAGAUCGCUUAGAAAACCCAGAGAUGUUAAUACCAAACUAUUGAAUCUUAGAGCAAAGUUAGAGGAAAACAGACAGCGCUUGGAAGAAAGAAUGUCUGAUGUUGUGGGAAAUGCCCAAACUUUGAAACAGAAUAUUAGAGACAAAAUUAAAAAUCUAAAACAAAAAAAAUAUCGCUUCAAGAGGGACAUAAAUAUGGAACUUCUCAAACUAAAAACUGAAGGACGAAAGAAAAAAGAAAAAGAGCUAAUGAUGAAAAAGCAGUCUAAAAGUUUGUUCAAAAAUAAGAAAGAUAGCAGACAAAAAUCAGGACAAUCCAGUGAUGAAUUAAGUGAAUUAGACGAUGAAGAAGAUUCUUCUUCAGAAAAAGUUGUUCAUGCUAUGGACUUUUUUACUGAAUCAGCUACUUCCGAAGAAUCAGGACAAGAAAAUAUGGAUUCUUCAGACAAGGAUAGAAAACAUAAGAAAUUAAGUUUGCUUGAUCGGAUUAAACAGCUUGCUGCAGUUAAACCUAAAAAUGAUGUUUCUAGAUUAAAACAAGAUAAGGACGAUUCAGAUGAAGUAGAAAAUUCUCUUGCGUUUUUAACUGCUUCAGAUGAAAUGAAUGAUAUAGGAGGGGAACUUCCGUGUAUCUCUGAAUACUUUGGAUCUCCUAGUAAAAAAUCAAAGCUGAAAAAGAAAGGGAAAACGGCUAAAGACUCAAUGGAGUAUUUACGAAAAAAGCGUAGUAUUCUUACCUAUGAAAAUGUUCAGGAAUUAGGCGAGGUGGAAAACGAUGUUUCUAAGGCCUCUAUAGACUUUGAUGAAAUUGAUAAUGGAUUGAAUCUAAUUCCAAAUUAUGUCAAUCAACGAAAUGCUAAUGAUUGUUUAGACAAUUAUAGAGAUCAGUUUGGAAGCAGCCAGUAUGAAGAAUUAACAGAAAAACGCGUAAGAAGAAAUACGGAAGACGAUAUGAUGCCAAAUGAAAAAAAUACACCAGUUCACAAAAUAGAUAUAAAGCAACGUUUAAAAGAUUUGUUGCAAGCCAAGGAUAUGGACAAAUUUAAAUUUGAGAAAGAUACAUUAAAGAAUAAACUGAAACUUCACAUGUUAGGAAACAAGAAAGAAGAAGAUCAAAUGCAGAAGGUAGGAGACAAGAAAGAAGAACUAUAUGAAAAAUUAAAAUCGCUAAAGGAAAGGCUAACGUAUAAGUUGAAAGAUAUAAAUAAAGUGUUAACAAAUAGUUCAAAACUACAAAAAAUGGAAGGAGACAAGGAAAAUAUGGAAGAUUUAAAUAAUGUAGAAACUAGUAAACGAGACGAAAAGGUAUACAUAGUAACAUCCACAAAACGUGUAAAUCUGGAGGAUAUUGAUGAUCCGACAAAAUUUAUAAACAAUGAGGACAAAGACAAUCCCUCUUCUGUAAAAACUAUAGACGUUAUCAGCAAAAAUGAUCAGGUUUCUUCAAAUGUCGAUGUCGUGAAAAGAUCAAUAUUUAACCAGAAGGAUGAAGGUUUUGGAAAUUAUAAACCUCUUACCCCAGAUUUGAGAGCAUGGAAACCAUCAGAUAUACUUUCUUUGAAAAGAGAUUUAAAUUUUGACAGCACCAAAAAAUUUAUACCGAUUAACGAUUUUCUCAUGUUUAGAAAUGUGAUAAUACCAAAUAAAUAUUCCAGAAGGAAAAAGAAAAGUAUCGGGAAUAGUUUAGAUUAUCUUGAUAAAGAUUCAUAUAUGAAUGAUAUAGAAAAAGACGGUGUAUACACAGUUCCUAGGUUUAAGGCAGAGAAGAAUGAUUUCAAAUUUAAGAUUCCUGCCGAAGACAUACAGAAGGAAAGUCAUAUUUCAGUGAAAACACUUUCAUUUGGCACAGAACCAAAAAUGGAGGAAGAAAUACCAACAUCUGUUGAAGCUAUGGAAGUUAAAGUAUUAUCUAAUGGCAAUAAUAAAGAAAUAAAUAAUGGGACUCUUGCAAAAGAUAAUAAUAUUACAACCGUAAUUAACAGAAUAUCCGAAAAUAUACAGAAAAUACCAACAAAAGAAGAACAGAAUAUUGUCGAUAGUUUUAUUAAUAAAAUAUCCGGAUUCUUCACGAAUAUUGGAUUGGCACUCAAACAUUACUUAUAAAAGAAUGUUAAGAAAUAUUGCAUUUUCAGAUUCAAAAUUCUUUUGGGAAUCAUAUUGUUUUUAUUAAUAUUGUUAAUAAUAUUUAACUAUUUUCAU